UAAAAGUGAAAAGAAAAUCAAAGAGAGAAAGCCUAAAUCCUAUCCCUUCGGCAAUUUCCAUUGGCUUCUCUCUCUCCCACAAUUUUAAGCAAAGCUUCGACCUGAGAACUGAGUAGUUGGAAUCUUAUCUAUCCACCCUUUCUCAUUCUACACUAAGAAAUUUCUUAUUCAUCUCUGAUUUUAUCACUUCAUCAUCCUAUUCUUUUUUGUUCUUUUUUUAAUCGAAAUGUUAUAUGUGGUGAUUAGGAUGCCACGUGUCAUGACCCCAAACAUUAGGAUAACUCAAACUCAUCACCACUAACCAAACCAAAACUGAAAAAAGAAAUUAUGGAACUAACAUCCUUGCUUCCAAGCCCAAAAUCAUUAUUCAUGAACCAAACUUGGUGUAGAAAAGAAAGCCUUGAACCACCCAUUACUACACCACCACCAACCAUUUCAGAAAUCCUAGAGACCUCACGAGCUCAAAAAUUGGACCUUAGGCUGCAAACUGUCGGACCCUUUUUUAGAGUCACAGCCAAGAGCUUAGAAACUAAUAAUGAGUUGGGUAAGGCUGAAGGAAUUAUAAGGGUGUGGUUUGGAGGGAGAAUUCUUCAUUUGGAUUCUAUUAGACUUAAUAAAGAGACUCUUGGAAUGGAGAAGUCUAUAUUUGGAAUUGGUUUGUUUAUUGGAGCUGUUGCUAUUCGAUAUGGGUAUGAUUGUGGUUGUAAGAAGGCUGAGUUGCUAGCUAUCAAUGAUUCUGAGCUUUAUCAUAAAAAGCUUGUGAAAUUCUAUAGGAGAAUUGGUUUCAAAGUGGUGCAUGAAGUGAGUGGCUCGAGAUUGGAUGAUAUUGGGCACAUGUUGGUUUGGGGUGGAGUUGGGACCCGAAUGGAUGCCCUUAUAGAUGAGCUUCUUCUGAAAUGGUGCACCAGGUUUAAGCCUCUCAAGUCUGAUGCCUAGAAAGAAUUAUUACAUAAUUACAAAAAAAGGACCAAAUUACACACAUUGUAAAACUACCAAAUUGUUUUGUAAAAGUAAACUUAAUUACCAAAUGUAACAAUAUUCUGUUUUUGUAAAUGUUAUAAACACAGAUAGACUCGUCUCGAAUGCUGCUAAGGCAUUUUAAAUUUAAAUUUCUGUAUUAUUGGGUUA